GUUAAAUUUUAAUCGGGCUCGACAUACUACCUAGACAUGCGUUAAUCCACAUCCGGCGUUCAACAACAUUAUGAUGAGGAACAUGAGAGGACGAGGAGGACCAAUGCGGGGUGGAAUGAUGCGACCAAUGGCUCCCAUUGGAGGCCCCUUUAAGCCUGGACCACCAUUUAGAGCAUUCAUUCCACACAUACCUUUUGAUUUGGUACAGUGUGAAUCCACAUUUCCAAGAACCAAAACAGUUUCAGAUGAGAAGGUUUUCACAGACUGUCUACUGAAGCGGAACAAUGACUUGACCCCAUCCUCCCAGGAGCAGGCCUCUAUCCUGGCCCUGGUCACCAAGAUCCAGGGGGUCAUGGACAGUCUAGUCCUCACCCCCAGCUCUUUUGACCCAGCGCAAAUAGAGGAGGUGAGACAGGUGGGGUCCUUUAAGAAGGGGACGAUGAUGGCGGGAAACAACGUGGCCGACAUUGUGGUCAUGCUGAAAACCCUCCCCACCAAGGAGGCAGUAGCUGUUCUUGGAAACAAGAUUGUGGAAGAUCUUCGAACACAGGAUCCCGAUGAAGUGUUGACCAUGCUGACCAAUGAUACAGGGUUUGAGAUCAGUUCUUCGGAUGCCACGGUCAAGUGUCUCAUCACCACAAUUCCCCCCAACCUAAAAAAGCUGGACCCAGAGUUACACCUGGAUGGGAAGGUCAUGCAGAGCCACCUAGCGGCUAUACGCCACGCCCGCUGGUUUGAGGAAAACGCAUUCCAUUCAAGCAUCAAGGUGUUGAUUCGUCUGUUGAGGGACCUGAAAAACAGGUUCAAGGGAUUCGAACCCCUGACCUCAUGGAUCAUUGACCUACUGUCUCACUACGCCAUCAUGAACAAUCCAACAAGACAGCCACUGCCCAUCAAUGUGGCCUUCAAGAGAUGCCUCCAGCUGUUGUCGGCCGGGUUUUUCCUGCCCGGAUCGGUGGGGAUCACUGAUCCCUGUGAGCAGGGCACGGUCAGAGUUCAUACAGUCAUGACCCUGGAGCAACAGGACAUGGUGUGUUUCACCGCCCAGACCUUGCUCCGAGUCCUCACCCACGGCGGCUUCAAACAGAUCCUCGGCAUGGAAGGAAACUCAAGCAUAGCCACAGAGAUGAGUGUAUGGGAGGGGGUUGUGGUUACGCCCUCGGACAAAGCGUAUGAGAAACCAGAGAAACGAGAGGGAGAGGAAGAAGAUGAGGACGGAGACAUGGAAACGCAGUGACGACCCCAACAUCCAUGUCAAUCAGAGGUACAGAAAAGGGCAAUUUUAACUAGAGAAGUGCCAAUAUUGAAACAGUGUACUUUAGCCUGGAAGAAAAAAAAUCUUGCGAAUUUGUGGCAGACUUUGAAAUGACUAGGAAAGUGACUAAUGGCUAGUGAUUACAGACUAAUAUUAGUCAGAGACUAUUGACUAAUUCAGUCCAAGAGAUAACCCUAGCUACUCAUGUCUGUUGAAAAUGCAUUGAUGGAAUGAGAGAGAGAGAGAGAGAGAGAGAGAUGAAGUUUUUGUGGGAGUUUUUUUUAGAUGUGUUAAUACUUGUUUCACUUAAAAUACAUGUUUUCAUAAUGAUUUUAUUUAAAUAUCACAAUCAACUACAUUUUCUUGGUUUCAGUUUUUUAGAAAUCCAUUUUUUUCUGUUGUGAGUAAGUAGCGUACAUGUGUACAUUGUUGUAUAUGUUUUACUUUCGUAUAUCUGACAUGUGCUUUUGUUGUACGCAUUUUUAAGGGGUGUAUCUUGUGGUCAAAUGAAGCACACUACUUACAAUACCGUAAUUAUUCUCGUUGUGCAGGAGAAUGAAAUGCCAAAGGCAGCUCUCAUUAUUGUCAAAGAAAUAAAAUUAUGUUUUCAAGAUUUAUUAAACAAGAUGAUUUUUAAUGUGAGAUUACAAAACAUAAUUAACUAUGAUUAAUGUACAAAAUAAUUUAGAAAUGUAACGGGUAACA